AUGAAAGCGAUGUGUAUCGCAGACAGUGGUUGUCAUCAGACUGGCUGCGCGACGGAUGCGUUCGGCCGGGUUGGGUGUGGGUUCUUUCGAAUGAAUAUCUGGCAGUUCAAACAAUGCUAUGAGCCGGGCCGCCUGAUCGGCGAGGAGUCGGAGGAGGCGUGGAUGAAAUGCGCCGAGAAUUUCGAAUGUGCUAGCAACUGCAUCAAGGUAAGUUACUAUAGCAUUAUAUAUCUUGAGGACCCUAUCAUUACGAUAUUGGGCAGUUCAAAUAAUUCUGAGCUCCCCUCUCAACGCUUGACAGUCGCAGUAUUGGAUUUUAGCACCUUUUUUAAUAAUUUUGACCCGUCGAAAUCAAAAAAUUUCAAAAAAUACCCAAAAUCAAGCUUUUCAAAUAAUGGAAGUUGAGUGGAAGAUUUGUAAUGUAUUUUGCACUGAAAAUCUUCCACCAAACUUCCACUUCCAAAAAGUGCCAAAAAGUCAUUUUUAAGCCAUUUUAAGACAUUUUAAAAGUGGAAGUUGCGUGGAAGAUUUUCAGUGCAAAAUACAUUACAAAUCUUCCACUCAACUUCCACUUUCAUUUGUUCCAUCAAAUCCACCCCAUUUUUAAAAUUCAAAAUUUGCAGCACGUAGCAACAAGAUUCCGUCUAAAAUGCUAUGGUAAAAGCGACUGCGAGACGAUUGCUCGUAUUCACGAUGGUGGUGCUAAUGGUUGUCGUACUGGUGUAACGACGCCUUAUUGGGAGGCCGUCAAGGAGAUAUGCCCCGAUUGUUAA